AUGGAGCGGCGCCCCUCGGCCCCUCCGCCGGGCCGCCCGCUGCCCCCGGCCCGCCUGUGCCUGCGGCCGCCGCGGGCCGCGGCCAAGGGGGGCCCGGGCUCCCUGGAGACGCUGCUGUGGGUCUACCGCUUCCACAGCUCCACGGAGGUGGCGCUCCGGCCCCCGCUGCUGUCCUCGCUGGAGCUCGCCGUGUCCGCGGCCCACGAGUACCUCGAGCGGCGCUUCCGAGAACUGGAGUCCCUGGAGCCGCGGGGGCGGCCGCCCACCCCCAGGGCCACCCUGGGGCUGGUGCUGAGAGAAGCCGCGUCCGGCGUCGUGAACUUCGGCGCCACCUUGGUAGAGAUCUCGGCCUUGUGGCUGCAGCAGGAGGUGCAGCGGCUCGAGGACGGCGACGAAGGCCUGGGGCUGUCCCCGGAGGCCGGAGAUCCGGGAAGGGCGCUGGCCCGGGUCGCCCUGGCCGUGGGUCAGGGGGCUUGGCGGGCCGGGGCCACGGCCGGCGCGAGCGCGCGGCUCCUGCUCCGGGGCGCGUGGCUGUGCCUGAGUGGCCGGGGCCCCCAGGGGUCCGCCUCGUUCCUGCAGCAGUGGCGACGCCAGCUGGGCCUCGGAACCCCCGAGGAACCGGGGAGCUGAGGAUCGGGGACGCAGGAGAACUCGGGGUGA